UGUUCGAAUCAGAGGACCUGAUUGGUUCAUUUCAAGACUAACCAUGUUGAGUUUUAUCAUUUCUGUCACACAGACAGUAAGUGGCACUUGAACCCUGCGAUGCAUAAGUUCUGCCUCACCGUAUUGCUGGUGCUGCGCGGACUCAUCAUCUGCAUCUGUUCCAGCGAUGAAGUGCAGCACCCUGGACUGUACAAGGACACACCUGUGACCUCAGAUCCAUGUCUGCAAGUGAGCCCUCCGUGUAUGACAGAGGCUGACCGCUUCAGCCUGGAGGCUCUUCAGCACAUCCACAGAGAGAUGGAUGACGAUCAGGAUGGAGGCAUUGAGGUGGAGGAGAGUGUCGAGUUCAUCAUUGAAGAUAUGCAGCAGCAACAACAGGCAAACAAGCACAGUAAACUCCAUCACGAGGACCAGCAUAUCACUUUGGAGGAGCUUUGGAAAGGCUGGAAAUCUUCUGAGGUUCAUAACUGGACUCAGGAGGAUGUCUUGAGGUGGCUAAGAGAGUUUGAUGAGUUGGCUCAAUAUGAAAAGUGCUUCAAAGAGCUGCGUGUCAAUGGGAACACCUUGCCCAGAAUUGCUGCCAAUGAGCCAUCAUUUAUGAGCACUUAUCUGAAGAUCCAGGACCAGCAACACAAACAAAAACUCAAGCUCAAAGCUCUGGAUGUAGUGCUGUUUGGCCCACCUACACGACCCCCACACAACUGGAUGAAAGACCUGGUUCUGAUAGUGUCAGUAGUAAUGGGUGUUGGUGGAUGCUGGUUUGCACAAGUACAGAAUAAAGUAUCUAAGGUACAUAUUACAAAGAUGAUGAAGGACCUGGAAAGCUUGCAGAGAGCUGAACAAAGCCUCAGAGACUUACAGGAGCAGUUGGAAAAGGCCCAGGAAGAGAAGCGCACCGUGGCGGUAGAGAAGAAGAAUCUAGAGGAAAAGAUGAGGGACGAGAUUCAGGGUGCUCAGGAAGAGGCCAACCGCCUGCACAAACUCCGAGAUGGAGCAGUGAGUGAACUCACCCGUCUUUGGUAUGCAGAAGAAGAGCUCGGACAGGUGCGUGAUGCAUUGAAGAGGGCCGAAAAAGACAUGCAGUCCUUCUGGUCAGUUCCUGAAACUUUGCAGCUGUGGCUACAGCUCACCCAUGAGGUGGAGGUCCAGUACUACAGCGUCAAGAAGCAUAGUGCAGUACAACAACUCGUUACAGCUAAAGAUGAGGCUGAGAAGAUCAAGAAAAAAAGGAGUUCUUUGUUGGGUACACUAUAUGUUGCUCACAGCUCCUCAUUGGAUCAAGUGGAUCAGAGAAUUCUGGAGGCCAAGAAUGCACUAGCAGAGGUGACUGCUUGUCUACGGGAGCGUCUGCACCGGUGGCAGCAGAUUGAGAGCUUGUGUGGUUUUCCUGUGAUGAAAAAUGCAGGCCUACCCAGUCUCACUGCUUCACUCUACCCAGACCCCAACUGGAUGCUAAUGCCCCGGGCUGCAAUUCAGUCCUAUCAAAUGCCUGUUUCGGUGGAGGACAUGGAAGAAGAAAUGCCGCAGAUUAUACCUCAGAUUCCUGUAACAGUUGCACCUCUGAAAUGUUCCCCACGAUCUCUGGUACGCUCUCGCCGAUCUGGGCAUAUUGUGCCAUCACCUGUCAUCGUAUCACCUGACCCAGACCUCCUGAUUCCCAUACGAACUCCAGUACGCCGAUAUGGAGAUGAAGAAGAAGAAGAGCAUAUCAAAUUCUCCCCUCUUGUGAGACAGGAGUCUAUGGAAACAUCUUCAGAUACAGAUUCUAUCGGGUCCUCCAUCAACAGAAUGUACAGCACCCUUGAUGUUUCUCCUCGAAGAAAAUACAUUUUCUCUGACAACAUGCCCCGAAAGAUCUCCCUGGAUGAACAAGAGGACAGCCCCUCCCGCAAGAUCUCCGAGGGGGAGAUGGAUGAAUCUUUGGUGAACACCUUAAGGAAAGUUUCACGAGAUGAACUUGAUACUCCAUCAAGAAAGACAUCUAGAGACGAACUAGAGGCCACUGUGGACCAUCCUAAACAAUUGGGUAGAGGAGAAACUGAGGCUAGCAUCGAUUCAAGGAAAUUCCCCAGGGAUCUACCUUUGGAUUCCACAAUGAGGUACUACUCUACAGAAAAGAUGUGUCCAGCAGCGAUCAGCAUGGAUAGUCAGAGACAACGAUCACUCAGAGACAGAAAAGACCAUAUGGACAGCAUUUCAAAAGUGAUACCAAAAGCAGAGCUCAAUAUAGACACCACAAGUGGAACAAGAUAUUCAGAUGCCUUAAUGAACACUUCCAUUAAACACAAAGAAAACCUGGAUUUUCCAACCAGUAUCCAGCGAGGAAGAGUGUUUAGGGAAAGCUCCUUUGAUGCCACCUUUGAUAGUUCAGUGGAAAGCUCUAAACAAUUAAAAAUGUUAGGCAAAACAUAUUCAUCCAAAGACAUCCCUUCACGAAUGAUGGCACAAGAUGAUUUUGAUGUGUCCACGGAUUUCGAAAGACAGAAAAUAAGAGAUAUUUCAAUGGAUACGGCUUCAAAAAACAUACUGAAAGAGGAGUUUGAGAGAAGCAAAUCCUUUAAAGAGAACAGGGAAAUUCCCUCAAAAAAAAUCUCUCGAGAUGAGCAAGACAUUGCAAUGGAGACGCAACGAAUACAACGCAAGAUAGACAGCUCUGUGGAAACUCCCAUUGGUAAAAUACAGAGAGAGAUGGUGGGUCUAUCUGUGGAGGCUCCAAGGUGUAAGAUAUCGCAGGAAGAAUUCCUGGUUACGAACCCUGGACAGUUUGGCCCGCCUGACCUAACCGUUUACUCGUUGAUGCUCUGGAAAUCAGCCUCAGACUCGCUCAGCACACUAGUGUAUGACGGCAUUCUAGAAAAGUCCUACGGGAACCCUCUCAUGCCUAGUCCUGGUGAUCUCAGUCACGCGGCUUCAGUGUCUUGUUCUUCCCAAAGCCUUCUCGGAAAUGAAGGUCAAUCUGUAUAUGUGUCUUCUUCAGAAUUUGGUGGUAAAGACAAGGGCAAGACAUCUUCAAAGCUCAAGAAUAUAUUCAAAAAGAAAAAGGAUUUAGAAAAAUAUAAAGACUCAUAAAGGUCAACAACAAGUAGGAAUUCAGACACUUUUAAAAGACCAAAGUCUCUUAUAAAACUGGCUUGGAAAGCUGCCUUGUAAACUAGAACAUAAGCAUAGCUAAACAUGCUGAAUGGAGUAACCUUGGAUUUUCUUGCAAAAGGUUUUUCUUAGAUAAGCAGGGCCCUCAGCUAAAUGGAUGCAAUCUUGUGAAACAAGGAGCAGAACUGCACUUUUCCAACUUGGAUUCAGAGAUACUGUAUUACGCAAGAUGUUCUGUCCUGUGAAGCUGCCGAGAUAUUAAUUGCACAUUUUUCUUUCUUUAUUGUGGGAUCUAUUCAUCAUUUGAAAUAAUUUGCAAUGACAUGGACAUGUGGAGUUUUUGCUCUGAUGAACUGAGACUUUUGCAUAUUAACAAAUCAUUGUAGCAUUGAAGACACAAUCACAACAUGCUCAACCUAUUUAUUUGAUUUACUAAAGUUUUCACAAAAUGUCAGGAAAAAAGAAGACAAAUCCAAAUGACUACUAAAGGUUGCCUAAGAUACUGUAUUUACAACAGGACUAGCAAAAAUUGUAUAUAAAAAUA